GGCUCGUUCAAGCAUUUUUUGGAAAUAGGAGUGAUUGAUUUUCGCCAGUUUCAUUCGACGUGACGCAAAUAACUGGUGGACAUUUGUGCAAAAUGACAUUCGUCAUUUCGGUUGGAUGGAUUAUUUUUACGCUAAUAGCCAUCAAAUUGCUUUAUAGUGUGUAUCAUUUUAUUAACUCCAUUUAUUUGAUUGCUUCGCUGGGACAUAGCCUUGAUCUACGCCGAUACGGACCCUGGGCGGUGGUAACCGGAGCAACGGAUGGAUUGGGCGAAGCAUACGCUCGAAAGCUGGCGUCUCUAGGAAUGAACAUUGUAUUAAUCGACCAAUCGUACAGCAAGCUUCAAGAAGUGGCAUACGAAAUCAAACGAGAGCAUCACACAGUCCACAUUAGGACCAUCGCUGCCGAUUUCACUGAAGGACAGUCAAUCUAUCCGAUGUUGCGAUUCGAAUUAGCCAAUCUACCAUCCGGAGUUGGAUUACUGGUUAACAGCAUCGGUAUGGAUGUUCCUUUAGAUCCUUCUGAAGAGCUUACGCCAGACGAUGAGAUCCAGAAAAUCAUCAAUUGUAACAUUAUGGCGAUGACGAGGCUAACCAACAUGUUGCUACCUGGAAUGAUUCAGAAACAGCGUGGAAUAAUUAUCAACGUGGGGCCAUUAUGGGGCAACAGUUGUUCGAAUUUGACGAAAAGUUCUGAACCUUACAAUUCAGUUUAUAAGGCAACAAAGGCAUUCGUGGAAAAAUUUUCACGUGAUUUAGCAGCCGAAUGCCGUCAGGAUGGAAUAGUUAUUCAGUCGGUUAUGCCCGAGAGGUCUACAAUGAACAUUUCCUCAUUAAAGACUAUGCCAUUCUUGUGCCUCCACACGCCAGACGCUUACGUGGAAGCCAAUCUUUUAACGCUUGGCAUCGAAUCCACAGCAACGGCAUAUUGGAUUUACAAAAUUAUAGUAAUGACAAUGAAGUGGAAGAAAAAUAAAAAAAAUAUCGCUUGCUUUCGAUUUAUUAUUCAUAUCCAAACAUAACAUUAAUAAUAUUUA